AUUUCUUGAUCCUUCUCCAAAAUUGGGGGUUUUUCCAUUAGGGUUUCUGAUUAUUGCAAUUCCAAUCUGAAAUCUUCGAAAUUCGAUCGUCAUGGAUGAUUGGGAGCUUCUUCAUGGCUCUGAUACAGAAUCAAUUGAUUCGAUCACAUCGGAGAAGAAAUUGGAGUGUGUAAGUGUAAUCGAUGACGGUAUGAUUCUUUCUGAUCAUUUCUCUGCUGAUUGUGAUUCUUCCCGGGUUGAUUACGGGUCGGAGUCUCUGAAUCCGGGUGAGGUUUGUGUUGAUUUGGGUUUUGAUCAGUUCAAUGUUAAUCAAUCGGGUGUUGAUUGUGUUAGAAAUGAAUUAGGGGUUUAUGAUUCGGAAACUGGAAUUUUGAGUGAUGGUGAGGUUAGGUUGAGUGAUUCUGAAGCUGCCAAUGAGAAGCAUGUCGAGGCUGCUACUGAAUUAACUGGUGGAACCAUAUCUCACUAUGAAUCAGAGAAUCUCGAAGAAGAAGUCGAUGAUGGAAGGCACGGUGAGAACGAAUCUGGUGUUGAAGAGCCUAUUGAGGAUUCGAGUAAGUUUUGGUCUGAUUUAGGGGGAAAUGAAUUGGUUUCUGGAGAUUCUGGGGUUGUGAAUGGUGAAGAAGAGAUUGUUUCUGAUAGUGUAGUUGCUUCUAGUGAAGUAAUUGAGGGAAGUGGAGGAGAUACUGUAGAAGUUGGCGCGGUGAGAUCUGGUCGUGAGGGUAAAAGUAGAGAGACUGUGUGGUGGAAGAUGCCAUUUGUGCUUCUUAAGUACUCGGUGUUUAAGAUUGGUCCGGUUUGGUCUGUUUCGAUGGCUGCAGCUGUGAUGGGUUUGGUUCUCUUGGGACGCAGAUUGUAUAAUAUGAAGAAGAAAGCUCAAAGGUUCCAUCUUAAAGUUACGAUUGACGAUAAGAAGGCGUCACGGGUGAUGAGUCAGGCAGCUCGACUCAAUGAAGUGUUCACAGAAGUAAGAAGGGUCCCUGUGAUCCGUCCUGCUCUACCAUCUCCUGGCGCAUGGCCGAUGGCGGAGGAAGAUGUUGUUGUUAUCUCUACGCCGCCUAUAGAUCUCAAGCGAAAGCUCGACGAGCAACAUGCCGGGUCGAAUGGAGAUAUCGUCGAUGAUAGCAAUCCAGUAUCUGAUUCUUCGCAGGCUAAGCGAGCGAAGCUCGACGAUGAAGCUCAAGAUAGUUUAGAUCAUGGGAAUACACAAGAAAAUGGUUCUUCAAUGGAGGUAAAAGAGGAAGAACAGCUUCAGGAGCUCAAGGAUGAGAAUCAAGAUUCUGUACCACUUGUUGAGGAAGUUCAAGAUCCCAUUCAUGCCAAUGAGUCUGAAAAUAACACUUGUGAUGUAGCUCACGCAGCAGAUGAUCAUGUUAAGCCUGAGGAUAACCAACAGAGUUAUAUUGAAAAUAGUAAUGUAGAAGAAUGUAAGGAUGUCAAUGGUGGUGAACCUCAGAAGGAGGUUGGUGACGAAAGUAAGGAGUUUAAUGAUGGCAGUUUUCAGAAAGAAGAUAAGGAAGUGGAUGGUGAAAAUUCUCACAAGGAGGUUGAUGAUACACAGUCAACGACUCGCACCAUAGAUGUCCCAAGUUCGAAGGUAGGUGUGCUGAUUGGUAAAGGUGGGGAAACUAUACGGUAUCUUCAGUUUAACUCUGGUGCCAAAAUCCAAAUUUUGAGGGAUUCAGAAGCUGAUCCGAACUCUGCGUUAAGACCAGUGGAGAUAAUUGGAACUGUUGCAUGUAUUGAGAAUGCGGAGAAGCUUAUCAGUGCAGUCAUAGCAGAGGCUGAAGCAGGAGGUUCACCUGCCCUAGUUGCGAGGGGCCAUCCUUCCACUCAUGCGAUAGGGAUUCCAGAACAGAUAGAGAUUAAAGUUCCAAAUGAUAAGGUUGGUCUGAUUAUUGGCCGAGGUGGGGAGACAAUUAAGAAUAUGCAGACAAGGUCCGGAGCACGCAUUCAGUUAAUACCACAACAUGCAGAAGGUGAUGGAUUGAAGGAGAGGACUGUCCGUAUAUCUGGAGAUAAGAUGCAGAUUGACAUAGCAACCGACAUGAUAAAAGAUGUUAUGAACCAGAUUUCGCUAUUACCGUUCACAUGGGGCUUGCAGAAUGCAAGGCCAUCACCCUAUUCUGGUGGUUAUAAUCAGCCUGCCUACCGACCCCGAGGGCCAGGUGGUCCACCUCAAUGGGGUUCACGAGGUCCUCAUGCUCCCCACCCCUAUGAUUACCACCCCCGUGGACCAUAUUCAUCUCAAGGUUCACAUUACAAUUAUCCCGGUUACGGUGUCUAUCCUCCACAGCAUAUGCCUCCUAGAGGUGGAUAUGGUCCUGGUUGGGAUCAAAGGCCUCCAUAUUCUGGUCCGUACGAUUAUUAUGGUAGACAAGGAGCUCAAAGCUCUGGUCCAGUUCCACCUUCUUCUGGCCAUGUACCCUCCCCUGCCUUGGGUGGUCCCCCUCCUUCGCAGGUAAGUUAUGGUUACGGACAGAGCCAUGGCCCAGAGUAUGGAAAUGCUGCUCCUUACUCCCAGACCGGUUAUCAGCAGACUUAUGGGCAGACGUAUGAACAGCCUAAGUAUGACAAUAAUCCUCCAAUGCAGCCACCUUAUGGAGGUUCAUACCCACCAGCAGGUGGUGGUCAGCCAGGCUAUUCCCAAAUGCAGCAACCUGGUGUUAGGCCUUAUGGGAUGCAACAAGGUCCUGUCCAGCAAGGAUAUGGGCCUCCUCGCCCUGCAGCUUCUUCCGGGGAUGUACCUUACCAAGGUGCAACUCCUGCAGCAGCACCAUAUGGCAGUACCAACAUGGCUCCACAACAACAACAAUAUGGCUACACAUCAAGUGGUGGGCCAGUGCAACAACAAACAUACCCUUCUUAUAGUUCUGCUCCACCGUCUGACGGUUACAACAAUGGUACACAAACACCUGCAACUGGUCCAGCUUACCAGCAGCAAAGUGCUCAGCCAGCUUCUUCAACUCAUGACCAGACUGGUGCACAGCAGGCUGCAGCAGCUGGGUAUGGUGGGCAAGUAGCUCCAACCGGUGGAUACAGUUCAUAUCCAACAACACAGCCUGCUUAUGGUACAGGUCAGACCCAAAACUAUGGAUACAACACAAGCUCUCAAGAUCCUAACUAUGGAUAUGGUGCAGCACCGGGAAGCCAAGCUGCCUAUUCACAAGCAGCACCUACUCAAGCAGGAUAUGAGCAACAGCCUGCAACUCAACCUGCAGGGUAUGCGGCUGCUCCAGGGAGCGCACAAGUGAAAACCCAAUCGCCACUGUCCGCUUAUGCUCAGUACGAAGCAAGCCAGGUUUACGCAGCUCCACGUUAAGAGAAGCAAUGUUGCAAAGUUUCUAGAUUGCUUCUGGAGUCUUUAAGACGGUUCUUAUUAACGUGACUCUUCUCCGUCUUUGACUCCUUCCCCUUGAAUGCUUCGUUGUAAUCACUCUUUUAACUUUAUGCUGUUGAAAUGUUGCUG